CCGGUUUCCUGCUUGUCGCGUUGCUGGCGGCUUGCUUCGAGCACCCUGCCGGAGCGAUGAGCGGCUCGAGGGGGCGGCCAGUCCCGAGAGCCAGCACAAGAGCCGCCGCAUGGGGGCAGAUCCAGCUUCGAAGCUUCAAGAGCUGGUGAAGACUCUUGCAACAUUGUCUUUGAGGAGUGCUCAAGAAUUACGGGCGGCGCUCGCGGUUGCGUGUUAUCUACAUUAGCACGAAGGCAGAUAUCAAUAAUCAUGUUGAGCGCAGUCAUGGUCGGUCUGGUGACGGAGAGGACGAGCUGGCAUUCGUGAAGCUCCUGAUGGAACUCAAUGUGCCAGCUGAUACUGCCAGCAAAGACCUAUUCAAUGAAUUCGCCAAGGCUCAUCCCCCUGCUUCCCCAGAGCUGCGAAUGCACAUUCUCUGCACGAGGCUUGAGGACUGCGUCGACAAGAAGCACGCGGAAUUCUACGUCCGGCUGGUUCCUGAGCACAUGAGAAUAUCGCGAGGUAGAGCUGAACAUCGUGGCGGCCAUGAAGGUGUUAAGGCAACAGCACCUGACCGGUCAGGCUCCCAAAAGAAGUCUUGAGCGGCGCGCGCAGGAUCUUUUGGACCAGCUCGAGGGCAGUGGCCCAGGGCGGGCGAGCCAGGAGGUAGAUGGCUCAUCGCGUAGAUAUGUUUUUGUCGUCCGUGCUCGCCUGGUUCUCGUGCUUCUCGCUGCUGUCAGUUGCCCUCGUC